AUGACCGAGGACAAACAACUUUUCUUAUUCGGACACACGCUUCCUGGGAACGAGAAUCUUUUGCUCGAAAGGAUUAAAGAAUGUGCAGAGAAACGAAAUAAAGGCUAUUGCUCUACUUCGCCUGGAUGUACUGUUCUUCGAAAAAUUCCAGCUGAAGAUGUUUUGCAAGUUACUGCUGGGCAUAAUUAUGUUGCCUUUCUGCUCAAGGUUUUAGUUUACAUUAGGGUUGUGGGUCAGUUCUUUGGUUUUCGGUUAUGGAUCCCUAAAGUUUAA